AUGAAGAAGAUUAAGAAGAGCAGUUUGGAGGAAUCCGAAGAGGUAAAGAAUUUGUUGGACAAGAUUUCUCAGCAUGACGAUGCAAGUCCUUUCAAAUUUGCAACAAAUGAAGAAGAGAGGCUGUUCCACUCCGUGAUUUCUAUUGAGAUUCUCACAAGUCAAGAAGAUUCAAGAUCAAUGAUUAAUGAAGAAAUAUUUGAUCUUCCAUCUCAAAGAAUAAUGACUGUGUAUAAUGAAAUUCUACUAUCUCAAAAAUCUCUUCCUGAUAAUGUUUGGGAAUCCACUUUGAUGGGAAUGGUUGUUAAUAUUCUUAACCACCAAUUUAAAUUGAGGGAGAACAUUAUUUUCGGAACCUCAGACGCAAUAUCUUUUGGUUACGCUAUAAGAGAGUCUGAUAUUUUUAAUUUAUCUUCCACAGAGGGAAUUAUUGCACUAACAACAUUUAUUGAAAGUAUGUGCGAAAAUGUUUGCAAUUUAGGAUUUAAUGAGGAAGGGUUUGAAGAAAGUGCACGCCUUUCUUCCUCAAGCACACCAACGAGAGCAAAAACUCAAUCAUUAGAAAGAAUUGUAAAGGAAAUGGAUGUGAGAUUUGGUACAAAAAUGCCGUCUAAUAUUUACACAAAUGCAUUUGAAACUCUUGAAGAAGGAAAACGAGUUUCAAAGAAAAUUCUUUCUGGAAUAUUUGCCAUUGGAGAUCAAAUUGGGGAAGAUGAUGCAGAUUCUUCAAAUAUUGUUUAUGUAUUCAAGACUUCGAAUCCAUAUAUUUUCGUCAGAUCAUUCAACAUCACCUCGUUCGUUGGAAUAUUUUACUGGGCUGAAACGAAAUUUGAUCUGAAAUCUUAUCUAUUUUCUCUCUCUAUUAAGAAAAAUCAAGAACAAUUAUGGAUGAAAAUUCUUGAUGAACAUCGAAGCGAUGAUUCAAGAAGUCGCAGUGAACAUGAUGAAUCAAGAAGACAUUUCUAUAAUGGACACAAUCAACAAUCGAAAGGUAUCUCUUUUGAACCACCCUUCAAGUUCAUUCCUGACCCAAUGAAUGAAACAAGGUGUGCUAUUGUUUUAGAGGAACUGUUGGCCUUGACAAAUUUCCAGUUCUUACCAAACUCUAUGAGAUGCGAUACAUCAUGCACCAGUUUUUAUGGUUCUGCAUUUUCUCAUCUCUAUGGACCAGUGUUUGUCAAGGGCACUGUAUUCAGAACGGAAAAUGAAUCCGUUAUGAAACGACUUGUCACUCUCUCUCAAACAAGAUCAACUUUUUCAAAUAUUGUUCGAGUUUUUGUUCAUGGAAUUGUUGGAAUUAUUGCAUUGCCCGAGUUUUUGUUUAUAAAUUUGCAAUUUAGAUUUUCCCAUGUGUAUAUGAUUGCCAUGUUUCCAACAUGUUUCUUUUUAUGGUUGCAAGUACUGGCUGAGAAUCAUCUCAUCUCCCUAUUUCCCUACUACUUGUCCAAUUUAUUCAAUUUUCCCUUCAUGGCGUCAGUCGUUUACACUUUCGGAAUACCUUUCGUGUUUGCUGGGACAUUUUACAUGGUAUGUCAAUUUAAAAGACGAAAAUGCAAUUACAAAUUAAUUGCAACAUUUAAUAAAUUAAAUAAUGUUAGAGUACACACUAGCUCUAUUUAA